AUGAGUGAAUCAAAUUUACCAGCAUGGCUGCAUUAUUACCCUAAAGCACAGUCUUGUGUAUUGUAAUGUCAAUUCUCUUUCAGCAUACACUGACCGUGACCAAGGGGUCCAAGGCAUUACUUGUCAUGGAAAAGAAAACUUAUGAAAAAGCAACAGCAGGAGAACAAAAGUUGAUGUACCAAAAAUUCAUAUUCCAGCUGGACCCUACCCUGAAGCACCCCAUUCGGUCCAACUUGGUGCUGUGCAUAUAAUUAAAUGAAUUUCAAGUAAUACUAAGAGCUCUAUGAAAAAUAAGCAAGCUCUCUUAUAUCAGUAGUUCUACCAUGACAAUGACACAAAACACUUUAUAAUAUAAGUAGCUCACCCCGCACGCCCUUUCAAACAAUUUUAUAAUAGUCCUCAGCCGACCCAGCAUGAAGCAGAGCCAAGAAAAAACACUUAAAAAAUUGAAAGGGCAACCAAUGACACCGCCCCAUGAAGAAAAAUAGUGCAAUCCUUGUGGGUCAAUUGUCCUCAGUGGUCACUAGUAAGUAGUAAACUCUUACAUAAUUAAACAAAUCCGAAAGUCUUAAUCAAGUCAAUAAACAAAUCCCAUAAAAAGCCAACCACACCGAGACAAAAACUUGUUCAUAUAUUUAUCAGCCAAUACAACCUCCUCCCACCAAAACUACCUAACCCCCUGCAACAGAACUCACUUACUCACUCACUCAUUCUCACUGAAUGGAAGAUCAUCGAAGUUCAACACCCAACGCUAUUGGUCUCUGCCUCCUCCCGCAAGAGCUCAUUCAAAACAUAUUUCUAUCUCUCGUCUUGCCUGAAAUCCUUCCCUUAAAACUGCUCAACAAAUCUUUCUCCCGAAUCAUCUCCGACCACACCUUCGUUCGCCGCUGCAACUCCGUCUCCGCCGCCACCACCUGGCUCUUCGUCUACAAGAAGCGCUGGCUCCGCGACGCCGUCCUACACGCCUUCACCCACCGUAGCUCCCACCGCUGGUUCCGGAUCCGCAUCGCAGACCUCCACUUCCACGCCGACAACGACCUCUACUUCCUCGCCGCCUCCGCCAACUUCUUCCUCUUCGCUUCCAACACCGUCCGCGAGGUCAUCGCCGUUAACCUCGUCACCCUCGCCGUCAAGAGGAUCCCGCCUUCCCCGUUAGGUCCACGUGGCACCUCAUCGUGGAGGAGGUCCGGCAUGAAGCUCGUCUCCCACCCGGACGGCUCCGAUCAUUUCCGCUUCUUGUUCGCCGAGUGCGUGGACAACCGGCCCGUUUUGUUUGUCUACAAUUCCGAGACCGACACGUGGAAGUCAACGGAGGGGAAGGAAAGCACUGGAUCCAGUGGGAUUGUGCCACGUGGAGGUGGAAAUAUUUUCCUGAGCGUGGCUCAUGGGCCCCAGGAGAGCGUUCUGGUUGCGUGUACAGCACAGUGCGAGGCGCCAACAGUUGUACGGCCGAGAUUUGAUCCGAGAGGGAGCGAUGGAGGGUUGAGCGUUGGAUAUAGUUGGGGAAACGUGAUAGAUAGGCUACACGUGUACGGAGAUGGGUACAUGAUGAUAGUGAAAUCGGAGGGUGGAGAGCGUGGAAAGGGGAGGGUGUUGAAGGGCGUGGAGUUGUGGGGGUUGAGUUUGGAUGGGAGGAAGUGGGAGUUUGUUUCGGUGGUUCCGAGUGAGUUGAUGAAGGUUGUUGAGAAGCCUUAUGGGGUUAUGAUGGGUUGCUUGGAGGAGAAGAAUGGGAUCCUUCGGGCUGCUUUGGUCUCUAAUUCUGAGGGGUUUUGGAAUAUGAUUUGGCUCUCCUAUGAUGCCACGUGUAACCACUGGACCUGGAUUCCCGUUCCUGAUUGCAAAAUGAAGGGAUGGAAUAUGGCUGGAAUAAGCUUCUCCUCUGGUCUUAUUCUGCCUUGAUGAAGAGUACCAAACAUGUAUAUAGUAUAGUAUGCCAUCUAUCUUGUAAAUCAAAUUAUACCAGAGGAUGAGCUGAGCCAUGCGGUUUAUUCAGCCUUCAUUUCUUAAAAUUAUUUAAUGGAUCCUCCAUGUUAUUCACUUUUAUUAUU